AUGAACCUCCUAAACCCACUUUGGCUCUAGAAUACAGUUUUGGUCGGCGCACUAGAGGACACAACACGUUUAAAGACAUUGCUCAUUUGUGGGAGCUGGGUGGAGGCGUCUCUCUGUCAGAUCUUGUGCAGAUCCCCAUCAGUGCUUCAAACAUCAGCUCUCUUUCCAUUAUCCUCGUCCUGGAUCUAUCGAAACCCAAUUGUUUGUGGGGAACAAUGGAACGAUUGUUGCAAACAGCACAAGAGCAGACCGAGAAGGCGCAAAAGACCAGCAGUAAACAACAGAGUGUCCAGCAGACGCGUGUCCUGCCCAAAGACUACCCCGACCGAGAGCUCAUAAAUCCUUUCCCUGUUCCACUUCUGAUUAUUGGCAGCAAAUAUGACUUGUUCCAGGAGUUUGAAUCUGAUAAAAAGAAGCUGAUCAGUAAGACACUACGUUUUAUCGCUCACUACUACGCAGCGUCUUUAAUAUUUACCAGCAUCAAGUCAGAAAGCUUAAUGUCCAAAACCAAAGUAUUUUUCUCUCAUUUUGCAUUUGGAGUGGACAGAGGAAAAACUGUGUCCACUGAGUCCAACAAACCUCUCAUGAUUCCUGCCGGUGCAGAUUCUUUCAGCCAAAUCGGCACACCCCCGACCUCUGAUGUGACCUCACUACAUGCAAAAAACCCUAGAGAUCUGUGGAAGAAAGUUUAUGAGUCCAUCUUCCCUCAAGAGACCAUCAGUGAACAAAGGGAACUGAAGGAUCCAGCCAAGGACCCCCAGUACAGCGAGCCUCAGGUCGAUACCAUGAGAGCCCAAAAAGACCAGGAACUGGAGCAAUACAAAAGAAAUGCAGCCAAGUCGUGGAAAGGACUUGACCUGGAGUCGUGA